ACCUUUACCAUAGCAACCAUGGCAGAGACUGACAGUAAAACCGACGCAGAUUCAAAGCAAACUGUUGAACUUGGGGAGGAUUUGAAACGCUACAAUGCACUGCUACAAGCAGAGAUCGAUAUGUUUGAGCGCUAUAUUAGUAGGAUGGAUCCACAGACAGGAUCAGAGACUUCAGCGUCGCAGGAGAUGGGAACGAGUCGAGGAAGGAAGAGUAGAGUACGAACUCCAGAGAGGCCACAGAUGCUGACACUGGAACAGAAAUUUGAUGUCGCCCAAAGCGUGCAUAAACAGUUGAUCCAGGAUCUGAAGAGACUACAACACCGUUCAGAGAGAGCACUGGACAAUUACAAGGCAACUCUGGAGGAAGCUGAUAUCCACUUGGCGGAGGUUAAAAAAGAAAGUCUUAAUUUUGAUUUUGACAUUGGUAAAGCAUUGUGGGACAAGACAAAUGUGACCAUGAGCGCUGAGAAGGUCAUCAGAUACACUGAGGAUAGGAUAAGGGCCAAGGACAGCCAGAUUGAGAAGUUGCAUCGGAAGAAUGUCGCACUCCUUGCACUAAAGAGAAAAUUGCAGCUCCAGCUAAAACAACAGGAGGAGAUGGCUGAGGGGUUGACAGCGUUGGAUUUUGAACACCUCAAGAUUGAGAACAUCAAAUCUCGAAAAAGAAUGGAUGAACAAAACCACGAACAUCUUAAACUCAAACUGCUUGCAGGGAAAACCUUGCAGACCUUGAACUCUAAAAAGGAGAAGCUUCAUACCUUGACAAACGAGUCAGAUGCUCUGAGCAGCGACAUUGCCUCACGUAUGAAGCUACUGGUUAAGAUUGAAGAGGAGACCAAGCAAGCAGAAGGGGAGUGCAGCAAAGCAGAGGCUCUGAACAGUAAGUUGAGGGGCCAGUUGGCUGACUUUCGUGUUCCACAUGUUUUAGAAUAUAUCAAAGUUAAAGACUGCCACAGCCAGUUGGAGAACAAUGUAAAAGCAUGGGAACGCAAGGUGGAGAUUGCUGAGAUGGCAUUAAAAACAUACACUAAAGCCUGGGACAAGCUUCGCAUUGCUGCUGGAGCUGGACCAGCAUGUGCACGACAAGCAGCACUAGAUGUGGAAUUGUGUGGGCUUUGACACCAAAGAGCUAUUGUGUCCAAAAUUAUCUCAAUGCCAGCUAUCACACCUUUUUAUCAAAGGAUGCCCAUUCUAUCUUGCAUUUUAUGCUAUAUUCCAGUAUAAAAACACCAGACAUUAAUAUAAACAAUAAAAGAAAUUCAAACAUUUAUAAAUGACAAAUAAUUACACAUUAUUAAUAAAAAGGUUUAUUAGUUAGUGCUGUGAAUAUUAAAUGCUACAUACAGAUUUCAGCAUGAAUGUCACAUCAACCGCCACAUUAAGUUUUCUUACUAGCUCAUUCACAAUCUACAAUUUGAAAAAAAAAAAAAAAAAAAAAAGAAA